CUCUCUCUCUCUCGCAUGCCUUCGCUUUUCGAGUCCCUAUCAAACUCCCGACUGUCCUUCUUCCUCAGCUCCUCUUCUUCCUCCAAAAUACCCUUCAACUUAUGCAGAAUUUACUGAGAAGCCCUCUAAAAACCCUAACAAUUCCUCCUUUCUCUGCUCUCCUGAUUUCCAAUCCUCAUAAACGAUUUUCUCGAGAGAAUUAUGGCAUCUUCUCAGAGUAAUUCCCAUUCCGAGCCCGCAAAGAUCGAGCAGAUAAUUACUGGAUUCUUCUCGAAGAGUCUCCAUAUCAUACUCGAGUCGAGAUGCCCAUACGCCUCUUCCCGUAACUACAGCGGUGAGCAGACAGUGUCAUCUCCGUCGUCGUCAUCGUCAUCAUCGAGCGUCAGGCCACGAGAUAAAUGGUUCAAUCUAGCUCUCCGGGAGUGCCCGGUGUCUCUCGACAAUUUGGAUUUCUGGCGCCAGAGCUGCCAGAGCUAUCACGAGCCGUUGAUUUUGGAUGUUGUCCUAGUCUAUCGGUCUCAGAAUCCCAGCGCUGCCCCGCAUCAUGUGGAGAUGACGAGAGAGAAGGUUAUCGAGAGGUGGGUUUUACAGUUUGAGAGCCGAAAGGAUUCAAAAUCAGGUGGGAAGAAGAUGGGAAGUACUGGUUCGCAUUGCUCAGAGUCGCGGGCUGUGUAUAAUAUGAAGACAUACAAGCGAGCGAUGAUACUGCUGCGGUCAUUGUACUUGACUGUUAGGCUCUUGCCUGCAUAUAAGCUCUUUCGGGACCUCAAUUCGACGGGCCAGAUUAGCCCAUUUAGCCUUACUUACAGAGUCUCAUCACUUGUGGAACCAUUCAGUCGUAGAGAGGAGGCAGAGAUGCAGUCUUUCGGCUUCGCUCCUGUCGAUGCUUAUUGCGGCCGGCUGUGUCUGUCUGUGGUGUACCGCCCAAAACUGCUGGAUGUGAAUGCAGAACCUUCAACGCCGAUAUUCACACAGUUUAUAGCAGAUUAUGUUGGGAGCCCAACGACUGAUCCUCUUAAGAGGUUCCCAUCUCUUCCUUUCGCACGGUUGGCAUCGUCGCCCUCUCCUGUUGUGUUUGCAAGGCGGCAUAGCUGGAGUAAUGACCUUCACAGAGCUGCCGUUCCUUCAGUGUCUCCAUCGCCUUCACCCACUUACUCAUAUUCCCAUCGCCUCCCGCCUCGCAGUCACCCAAACAUGGAUCCUUCGCCCCCCUUGAGCUUGCCGCAUCAUCCGGUGGAAACUCCAAGAUCCAGUGACGUGUCUUCUGCUCACAAGAAGAACAUCAGUUUCGAUGACUCAUGGCCGUCGCCUCCAUUUUCACUGUCUCCUUCACCAUCUCCACCGACACAUUUGCUCAGCGGCCAUUCAUCGAAGGCUCUUUUGCGCACAGGGAGUGCUCCCGUCAGCAUACCGUCAGUCGGGCUUGGCCGGAAUCUGGGAUUGGCCAACCAUGUCCUGCCUCCAUCUCCUUCGCCUAAAGGCUUGAGGCCUGGUUGCUCACCCCACUCUGAGAACAUCAGGCCUCAAGUGUCACGGGUCUCCAUUUCUCAGAGCUCUCCACCUGAAAGCAAAUAUCUUAUGAAGCAAGACCCAUUAAGGUCAGGAGAGUCACGGGCUGGCAUGGCAGUUCAGAAGGUGUUCUCUUUCGGGAAAGAUGAGGUUGGACAUUUCCCUGGAGCAAAGAUAUCGUCCUGCAGUUCUCCGAGGAUCUCUUCUAGGAGUUCAAGUCGGUUGUCUUUCCAGGAUGACUUUGAUGAUUCCGAGUUUGCCUGCCCGUUUGCUGUGGAUGAUGAUGACAUAACAGAUCCAAGUAACAGAUCUGAAUCAUUUGAUGGGAAAGGGCAUGUUGGCGAGGAACUAGAACCUGGAGUUCUGUUACCAAUAAGAAAAUCCCAAGAUGCUGCUGUCGGCGCCCUUGUACACAUGCUAAAUACCGCACCACCCCUCCGUCAGGAUUGCUCUAACUUGGAACAAGUCUCCAAAGCUGAAUCUUGGAGCAAAAGGAUUCAAACCAAUGAUAACUCAGAACCUAGGGCAGAGGCUGUCAUUCAGAAUGCUGCCUCAGAUGCAGGGAUCACGGAAUCCAGGCUUCUCAUGUUGAAAACAACAGAGGAAGCAAUGGAGGAGUUGAGGGGUUAUAGAGAAAUGAAAGAACUGUUACUUAGGCAAGGUGGACACCAAUCGUUGGAUGCUGCCCCAGUGGUAAAAACCCUAGGUCGAGGAUCUACAGAAUUCUGAUGAUGCCAGUUCGGUUAUGUACAUAUGUACAGAGUUUCUUUACUGACAGCGCCCUAGUUUUCAUGCGUAUAUACAAGGUAAUGCCUGGCAGCCCUUGAAACUCUAGUCCAUGUAUCUAUAAUGUAAUUAUCUUUGAGGGUUUUUCUAUGUGCAUGCAUUCGUUGAUUUCAUCUCUUAUGCAUGGGGCCGGUAAUCAUAUCACUGUAAUUGGAAUUGAGAGGUGGUUGCUAUUAAUGGAUGCAAUGUACAGCUGAGACUUUUAAGGUUUCUUCAUUUUAGUUUUA